CAGACUGACCUUAUUGUAGGAUAACUAAAGUUAUGUAAAUUAAGAUGUGCUCCAAUUAUUGUAUCUCACGGGCAUCGGAGUCAGUGCAAAUAUUCGAUUCGGACAACGCACACAUUGUACACCGGUUGCUGCAUUUUGAAAGCUGCGUGCAUCAACUAUGAAUAAGACCGUUCUAUUGUUAUUGGCCGUUGCGGCCGUGCUUGCCAUUGCUGACGCUAGAGCAACAUGCAGAGGCAGCAGUCACCAUUCGCGAUGUGAUGAUGAACAGAGGAAUAAAUGCGACGACUCUUCAUCUUCCUCCUCCUCCUCCUCUUCAUCAUCGUCGUCAUCCUCGUCCGAAGAAGAUAACGACAGAUGCAAAAGCGGGCACGGCAAGAAAGAUGACUCGUCAUCUUCAUCCUCAUCCUCAUCCUCAUCUUCAUCCUCAUCCUCGUCCGAGGAGAACGAAGUGGAUUGUGACGAUUCCAACGGAAAGAGCCACCAUCACAAGAAGUCAAGGCACAUGAGGCGAUGCGGAAAGAACUAGACCAGGAUUAUUUGAUGUCAAAUUACCAGAUAUUAUUGUUCACUGUAACUUAACGCUAUUCAUUCAGUUUAUGUUUCUCGCACAAUAAUAUCGUUUCAUUUUUAUACUUAUAGAAGCUAACUUACUAUCGUAUAUUCUUAAGCGAGAAUUUUAAUAUUAGUGUCGAGAAUUGCCAAGAGUGCAAAAAUAUAAACUGUAAGUACCUACACUGCAAAUGUUAAAAAGUAUGUAAUAAAAAGUCGUGAGUAGUAAA